AUGGAUAGCAUUUGGAAGCCCUAUCUUAAGUCCUCUGACGAGGAUUGGACGUCAAUCAAAGAUCCCGCAGAGCGUAAGCGGAUUCAGAACCGCUUGUCUCAACGAGCAAGAAGGCAAACGGCAACGAAAAGGCUGAAGCCUGCCCGAAGAGGUCGACCUCCACUGUGCAGCAAUGUGCAACGUUCUCCGUGCCAGGCAGCCGCAGCCUCCCAAGAAAUAAUUCAAACGAGUUCAGCGGACGAGUCGACGAGUUUUGCAGCUCCGUCUAACACUGAUGCCACCUUUAACUGCACCUUGGAGCUGACGGAGGGCUCGGAUCCACUUUCUGACACGAACUUCAUCAUCCUCCACAACAUGAACUCAAUGAACGCCUUUCGCCGGAUAGCCAUUCUCCUAGAAAUCAAAUGCAGCUAUGAACCGGGAUUUCAUUUUCGGGCCCCAAUAGAGAAAUUACCGCCCAACCUCGCCUACACCAUUCAACAACAACUGGUGCCUCAUAAGACAUAUGUAGAUUACAUACCAUGGCCUUCAUUGCGAGACAAUAUCUUAUCUUCCAUCGCAGUCAUCAACGAGGACGAACUUGUCAAAGAUCUCUCUGAGAUGAAAAUUUGGGGUACAAUGCCCUGGGAUCCGAUGAGCUGGGAAGUCACCGCUAAAUUUGUGAAAAAGUGGUGGUUCUUGAUUGACGAGUCGGUUCUGAGGUCGACAAACUUCUGGAGAGCACAGCGAGGUGAAGACCCACUAACAAUGGCAGAAACAACGGAACGUUCAACGAGCUGUAGCAAUAUUUUCUGA